GGAUGGACUCAUCGGAUUACUGAAAAGCUGCAUAGAACUGCAGAAUUAAUGAUAGGAAAACUUUCUUUUAUCCCUUUCUUCUCUAAUUUGUUCCAAUUCUUUUAUUUGAUUUUCAAGUUUUCGAUACGGUCAUUUGUGCUUCUUUUAAAUGGGAUCAUUCUUGCACAAUCUGAUUGUAUCUUCACUGUAUUACAAAACACCUGUUUUUUUUCAAGUAAUUGCAGCUUCAUUCGUCUGGAAUCAUUUGUAUUCAAAAGAAUACCCGCAGUAACCCCAUACCCCCUACCUGUUUUAUUUCUGUUUCUCUCCCUGUUAAUCUUCUCAGGACAUGAGUAUCGCAUGUACAACACAAUCGAUGUGCACUGCUAUGCCUCUUGGGCCCUGAUCAAAUUGUGGCCGAAGAUCGAGCUGGCUAUCAACUACGACUGCGCUGAUCUGACCGUCGCCGAGGAUCGUUCGAUGACCUAUUUUAUUCAUCAGGGACAGUCUGGGGUACGCAGUGCACGUUGCGCGGUCCCGCACGAUUUUGGAGAUCCGGAGAACGAUCCGUGGCGUCAUCCGAAUGCCUACAUCAUGUACCAGACAGAUCACUGGAAGGAUUUGAAUACCAAAUUCAUCAUAGAAUCGUGGCGAGACUGGAAGCUCACGCGGGAUUAUCAGUAUUUGCUCUAUCUGAUUCCUAUCGUCUGUGUAAGUUCGUCAACUGACUUCAUCUUCGACACUUUCGCAACUUUUUUGUUUUCUUUAUGCAGUUGGGAGUAUUGCCAGAUACAGUUUUUUUGUAUUGACCAAUUCAUUAGACCCCUUUUACUGCAACUGUUUGCUCUAAUUAAUGCGUUUCCAAUCGCUCAGUUCACACUCAGUUCACUCAGUUUCACACUUUUACCACAUCGGUAG